AUGUUCUUCUGCGAGGAGCGGCACGAGCAGAGCGACGUCGGCACGGAACCCCCGGGCGGGAGCGAGGAGGUGGUGUCCAAGUGGAGGAUGAGGGACCGGAUGAAGACGACGUCCGUCGCGCUCAUCCUCUGCCUCAACAUCGGCGUCGACCCGCCGGACGUCCUCAAGAUAUCGCCGUGCGCCAGGAUGCAGUGCUGGAUCAACCCGCUCUCCAUGCAGGCCCAGAAGGCUCUGGAUUGCAUCGGGAAGGCUCUCCAGGCGCAGUACGAGCGGUGGCAGCCCAGGGCAAAGUACAGGCUCCAGCUCGAUCCCACGGUGGAAGACGUCAAGAAGCUGUGCGCGAGCUGCAGGCGUAACGCGAAGAACGAGCGCGUGCUGCUGCACUACAACGGCCACGGCGUGCCGAGGCCGACGGUGAACGGGGAGGUUUGGGUGUUUAACAAGUCGUACACGCAGUACAUACCGCUGUCUGUUUACGACUUGCAGGCGUGGGUGGGCAAGCCCGCGAUUUAUGUCUUCGACUGCUCGGGAGCCGGGGUCGUGGUGAACACGUUCUUGCAACUGGCGCAGCACGGUAACCUGGGCUCGCUCGGUGCCCCCGGCGCCGGGCAGGAGACGAUCCUGCUUGCGGCGUGCGGGGCGGACGAGCUCCUGCCGCAGUCCGCGGAGCUUCCCGCGGACGUGUUCAGCUCGUGCCUGACGACGCCAAUCAAAAUCGCGCUUCGGUGGUUCUGCCAGAGGUCCAUCCUUCGCGGCGACGGAAUCUCCAUGGACCUCAUCGACAAGAUACCCGGGCAGGAGAACAACAGAAAGACGCCGCUGGGCGAGUUGAACUGGAUCUUCACCGCCAUCACGGACACCAUCGCGUGGAACGUCCUGCCGCAGCCGCUGUUCCAGCGGCUCUUCCGGCAGGACCUUCUCGUGGCGUCGCUGUUCCGCAACUUUUUACUCGCCGAGCGGAUCAUGCGCGCGAACAACUGCACGCCCAUAUCCUGCCCGGCGCUGCCGCCCACGUACCAGCACCCCAUGUGGCACGCGUGGGACAUGGCGGUGGAGAUUUGCCUGCUCCAGCUGCCGUCGCUCGUCGCCGGGGACCCAAACGUCGAGUUUGCGCCGAGCCCGUUUUUCACCGAACAGCUCACGGCGUUCGAGGUUUGGCUGGAGCACGGCUCGGAGCUUAAACCCCCGCCCGAGCAGCUGCCCAUCGUGCUUCAGGUGCUCCUCUCGCAGUCGCACCGGCUCCGCGCCCUGGUGUUGCUCGGGAGGUUCCUCGACAUGGGACCGUGGGCUGUCGACCUCGCGCUCUCCGUGGGGAUUUUUCCGUACGUCCUCAAGCUGCUGCAGACGACGGCGCCGGAUCUUCGGCAGAUCCUCGUCUUCAUCUGGACCAAGAUCCUCGCACUGGACCGAAGCUGCCAGCUGGACCUCGUGAAAGACAACGGGCACGUGUACUUCAUCAGGUUCCUCGACUCGCCGCAGGUGCCCAGCGAGGAGCGCGCGAUGGCUGCGUUUGUCCUCGCGGCCAUCACCGACGGGCAUCCGAAGGGCCAGACGGUGUGCGCGCAGUCGGGGCUCAUGCAAAUCUGCCUUGGGCACCUGCCCCACGCCGCCUCCCCCGCGGGUUCACCUCUGUUCGUGCGCUGGCUCUGCCUCUGCGUGGGGAAGCUCUGGGAGAACUUCAAGUCUCUCCAAGGGGAGGCGUUUGCGUCUGGCGCGGCGGAGGCGAUCGCGCCGCUGCUCGCGCAUCCCAUCCCGGACGUUCGCGCGGCGGCCGUGUACGCCCUCGGCGCCCUCAUCUACGUGCCCCCCGCGAGCGAUGGAAGCGCGCGAGCCGCCGGGGUGAACGAGCUCGACAGAGCCGCCGCGGAGAGGACGAUCGCGUGCCAGAUCUUACCGGGCAUCUCGGACGCGUCGCCGCCCGUGCGCGUCGAGACGGCGGUGGCGCUCGGACGUCUCGCGUGCGUGCACUCCAUGCUGUUCCGGUCAGCCGCGGCGUGGUGGCGGCGGGGCAGGAGCCCGCGCCCGAGCUCGCAGGGCGGGUUCUCAUCCGACGGGGGCGCCGCGAGCCCGGGGGUACACUCGCGGUCGCACAUGCACGCCCCGGCGUUUGGCACGCUCGGGUACAGAGAUCCUUCCGUCGAUAACCUCGCGGCUGCAGCCGGGAACGGCGGGCGGGAACCGGGACCGGAAUCGCCGCCCCAUCCUCACUCGCCCCAUCCUCACUCGCCCCAUCCUCACUCGGGCAACACGUUCGCCAGCGCCGACGCCGCGCGCGUCGGCGGGGGGCUCUACGUCCACCUCCUCGAGCAGCUGGUCGAACUGGCGCAGGAUCCCAGCCCGCGGGUCGCCGGGGUGGCGCAAAAGGCGCUGACGGCGACGGGCAUCGAGCCGCUGCUGGGCUCGCCGCGCGCGGGUGGAUCGUCCUUGUUCUCGCCGGGGUCCGCGUCCACGCUGGGCGGGACGCCGCCGGCGAGCGCGCACUCGCGGCUGGCGCCGAACACGCCGGGGUCGGCGGGUGCCGUCGCCGGCCGAAUGAGCGGCGUUCCUCCCUCGCGCACGAGAUCGCACAGCUCUCUGGGCUCGGGCGCGCAGCCCUCCUUUCCGCCCGCGUUUGCGGACCAGCCCGAGUCGCCCAAGGCGGGCGGCGGGACCGGGGCCGGAUCCGACGGUAAGGAACCCGACGGCGACGUGCACGCGCCGCUCCGCGCGGUCCUCCCGAAAUCCCACAUAUUCGCGUGGUCCUGCGAGCACUUCUCGAGGAGCCUUCUCGAGCCGGCUAACGGCCACGCCGGCGGCCGCGCGCGUAAGGAGACCCUCAAGCUCACGGAACACCUCGCGUCGAUUGACAUGGACGAGUCCGCCGCGCCCGCCUGCAUGCUCAUGCACCCGAUCGCGCCCACCGCCGCAAUCGCCGACGAUCGCGGCGUCGUACGGGUCUGGGACUACCAGUCCGGGGCGGUGCUGAACAGGUUCAGCGCCGGCAUGCCCGGCAGAUCGGUCGCCAGCCUGUCCCUCGUCAACGACCUCGACGACGCGCUGCUGAUGACGGGCGGCGCCGACGGCAGCGUGAGGGUGUGGCGCAACUACGCGCUGCAGGGCGAGGAAACGCUCGUGACUGCGCUUCGAGCGUUGCCACUCCCGAGCGCCGCGCAUGGAGAGCAGCGCGGUGGGACGUCGGACGCUUCUGGCGUCGUGUCGUGGCAGCAGCAAAGCGGGUGCCUGUACGCGUCGGGGGACACGCAGCCGGUGCCGCUGCUCCGAGUCUGGGACAUGACCCGCGAGCUGUGUCUCGAGAGUCUGCAGAUGCAGUCGCCCGGGACGUGCCUCACCGCGGAGGGUGCGCUGCUCAUGGCGGGCGCCGCGGACGGAGCCGUGCUGUCGUUCGACCUGCGAACACCCGCGAGGCUCCUCUCGGUGGUCCAGACGCACCAGCACCCGGUGGUGUCCAUCCUGCUCCAGCCGGGGCAGACUUCGAACCUGGUGGUGACCGGGUCGGUGAACGGCGAGAUGAAAUUUUGCGACUUGCGCAACGCCGCUAAGCCCUUCUACACCACCGAGGUUCAGAGGCCGUCGGCGGGGCCCGGGGGCGGCAGGCCGACGCUGAGCGCGCUCGUGGCGCACAAGUACGCACCGGUGAUCGCGUCCGGAUCGAGCGAACGGGCGAUCAAGCUGUGGGAUCUGGAAGGAAACAACGUGGCGUCGAUUCGAUACUACAACUCGUUCUUGGGUCAGCGCAUCGGCGCCGUGCGGUCGCUGGCGUUCCACCCGAACUCGCUGCUGUUGGCGGCGGGUUCGAACGAUUCUAUCGCGACGGUGUACAGCGGCGAAAUGAGCGGAGCGGGGGCGGGUUCGCACAGGAGAUGA